AUGCGCCUCCUCAACGCCAGGACGCUCCGCCUCGAGUCUUUCGUCGGUCAGGCCCCGCGAUACGCAAUCUUGUCGCACCGGUGGGGCGACGCCGAGCUGCUCUUCCAAGAUGCCGUCCAUGAUGGUUGGCAGCACCGCAUCUCGUCCCCGGCCGCGACCAAGGUGAAGAGCGCCUGCGCCCGCGCCGUUGUCGACCAUCUCGACUACAUCUGGAUCGACACCUGCUGCAUCGACAAGGGCAGCAGCGCCGAGCUGUCGGAGGCCAUCAACUCCAUGUUUCUGUGGUAUCACGAGGCUGUCGUGUGCUAUGCCUAUCUCGCCGACGUAGACAAGGACGAUAGGUACGGCUUCGCCCUCAGCCAAUGGUUCAAGCGUGGCUGGACUCUCCAGGAGCUCAUCGCCCCCGAGGUGGUGGCCUUUUACGACUGCAAUUGGACAUACAUAGGCGAUAGGAACGCCAUGGCCCGCACCAUCUCGGAAAUCACCAGCAUCCAUGAGCCAGUCCUAGCUCGGAAGCAGCCCGUUGCAUCCAACGCCCACGACCUCAUACAAUGGCAGCGCCACCACCACCGAGACUACCGCCUACGGUCCAUCCUUAGCUCCUACAGCGUGGCGGCCCGCCUAUCCUGGGCAGUGGGCAGAGAGACCUCACGGGAAGAGGAUACAGCGUACAGCCUCCUAGGACUCUUCGACGUCAACAUGCCUCUCUUGUAUGGGGAGGGUGAUAAGGCCUUCCAACGCCUGCUCCACGAAAUUAUACGGUAUACCGGAGACCCGUCCGUUCUGGUCUCCUGGGGUGCCGGCGCCCCGUUGCGCCAGAAUCCCUCUCACUAUGAGUACAGCGGGAGUGUAAGAUGGCUAGAAGCACAAGGGUCAGCAUCUUCGAGGGUCUCGGUCACAAACCCCCGAACUCUCGCCAUCGAGGCCCUGAACUGUCCCUGUGUCGUGUAUGCUGCAGGAGACAUCGUCGUCAAGGGCCACUUUGUCGUUGCAAUAGUCGAUUGCAUCUUCGAUGGUAGCCAAUCAAGGAUUGGUAUAAUUCUACGAAGACGGGGGAUAGGCAAGGUCUUUGAGCAAUAUCAGGAAUUGCCAUUCGUCCAGCUAGAGCCUCACCCACAGGGCAAAGUCAUUGGCUCCAUGUCCAGUUUAACCAUCACAAAAGUCUCGUUCAAAGAGGGGGAUGCACAGUUUGGACGUUUGCAGGUUGCAUUGACAGAGACGUAUCCAGCAGCACGCGGGAACCCUAAACUCUUCGUCACCCCACUAGUUCAGCCACCGACUCUUCACUACACCCUCGGUACCUCGGAGCUAGUUUCCGACGACUUACACAUUGUAGACAGUGAUGUCGGGGUAUUCGUGGUGGAAAACGAAAUGUCGCGGGGCUUCUUUCUCAUCUGGGGCUAUGGCCACCUGGACGAAGACGCCGGGAUGGAGCUAGAAAGCAAGGCUGAAGGCGUGAAACAUAUCAAGCCAUGGUGUCGAGUCCUCCCCUGGAAGGGGGCUAUGCCCGGGGCUUCGCGGACUGAGGUGCAUCUGCAAGGGGAGCCAGACAUCUUCGUGCUGGAUCGCGAUCCCGUGGAACUUUUCUCGGCGCGGGAGACGUUUGUGGAGAUGAUGAAUCGGUUCCGGACCAAACGCAGCGACGGACGACUGGUAGACCUGGGAGACGUUGUGGUCAGGGCGACGUUCCGGCCCAAUACAUUCCUCGGCUACACGCAGUACAGCCUCGUGGUCGAGAUUGAGCCGGCACGCGCACAGGGCCGAGAGCCAGUGAGAGUGCCGAUGGGAUAUCCGUGGAAGAGGAAGAGGGCCUGGUGGGAACGCUUCAGCCCGCCACUGUUGAUGAUUUCGGCCAAGAAGAAGGCCACUCAGUGGUGUUAG